CGGGGGCGGGCCGCAAGUGGGUUGCGGCAGACCGGUAGGCUCGGUUGGCGGCCCGCCCCGGGGCCUCCUCCAGACUGCUUUAAGGCGAAAAAGGCCCGACGGGGUCGUCGUUGUCUCACGUCCUGAACCCCGUUCCCCGCGUCUUCCGCGGGGCUGUCCGGGACGAGCGGGUGUCGAGAGUGCGGCGGGCCUGGUCAGGGAGGGGCCGCCUUAGCGCCAGCUCCCAUCACCGCCCCCGCGCCUUGCGGAGGAGCGAAACUCUGGUUGGCUUGUUUUCCAAUCUUACUUUGGUUCUUUCAUUUUAAAAAAGUCUCGACCUCCCACCGCCGGGCACUGUCCCGAGAGCUAACCGAGGCUGUGAGUGUUUGGGAACCAGGCCCGCUCGGCGGCCGCAGUUCGGGCGUCCCACCUCUGCACGGCCCGUCGGGCGCUGCGGCCCCGGCAGCACGCGGAGAUGAGGAGCAGGAGCAAUUCCGGGGUCCGCCUGGAUGGCUACGCGCGGCUGGUGCAGCAAACCAUCCUGUGCUACCAGGGUUUACGUAUUAUUUUUACCCUUGAUGAGGUGGCCUUCAUCCAGAAUCUUGUUUUUUACAUAGAAGCCGCAUAUAAAGUCGCUGAUUAUGGAAUGUGGGAACGGGGAGAUAAGACUAAUCAGGGCAUUCCAGAAUUGAAUGCAAGCUCUGUAGGGAUGGCCAAGGCAGCUCUUGAGGCAAUUGAUGAACUGGACCUUUUUGGAGCCCACGGAGGACGCAAGUCCGUGAUCCACGUCCUGCCUGAUGACGUCGAACACUGCCAGUCUAUUCUGUUCUCCAUGCUGCCAAGAGCAUCAACAUCUAAGGAGAUUGACGCUGGACUUCUUUCCAUUAUCUCUUUCCCGGCCUUUGCAGUGGAAGAUGUGAACCUCGUGAAUGUGACCAAAAAUGAAAUUAUUUCCAAGCUCCAGGGCCGUUAUGGAUGCUGUCGCUUCCUUCGAGAUGGUUAUAAAACCCCAAGAGAGGACCCAAACCGAUUACAUUAUGACCCUGCUGAGCUCAAGCUCUUUGAAAACAUUGAAUGUGAAUGGCCUGUGUUCUGGACGUAUUUCAUAAUAGAUGGGGUCUUCACGGGAGAUGCCGUUCAGGUGCAAGAAUACCGAGAGGCCCUGGAGGGAGUAUUAAUCAGAGGCAAGAACGGGAUCCGCCUGGUGCCAGAACUGUAUGCCAUCCCGCCCAACAAGGUUGACGAAGAGUAUAAGAAUCCCCACACAGUGGACAGAGUCCCUCUGGGGAAGCUGCCCCAUCUGUGGGGUCAGUCCCUGUACAUCCUCAGCUCGCUGUUGGCAGAGGGAUUCCUUGCCACCGGGGAAAUCGAUCCCUUAAACAGAAGAUUUUCCACUUCCGUCAAACCUGACGUUGUAGUACAAGUUACUGUUCUGGCAGAAAACAACCACAUUAAGGACUUGCUGAGAAAACACGGGGUAAACGUCCAGAGUAUUGCUGACAUUCAUCCAAUCCGAGUCCAGCCAGGCCGGAUUCUUAGUCACAUAUAUGCCAAGCUUGGACGGAAUAAGAAUAUGAAAUUGAGUGGGCGACCGUAUCGGCACAUUGGCGUCCUUGGAACAUCUAAGCUAUAUGUGAUUAGGAACCAAAUCUUUACUUUCACACCCCAGUUCACCGACCAGCAUCACUUCUACCUGGCCCUGGACAAUGAGAUGAUCGUGGAGAUGCUGAGGAUCGAGCUGGCCUACCUGUGCACCUGCUGGCGGAUGACGGGCAGACCCACGCUCACCUUCCCCAUCACCCACACCAUGCUCACAAAUGAUGGCUCAGACAUUCAUUCUGCAGUUCUUUCUACAAUUAGAAAACUAGAGGAUGGAUAUUUUGGAGGAGCCAGAGUAAAAUUAGGGAGCCUUUCGGAAUUUCUUACCACGUCUUUCUACACAUAUCUGACCUUCCUGGAUCCAGACUGUGAUGAGAAGUUGUUUGAUGAUGCCAGCGAAGGGAGCUUCAGUCCCGAUUCAGAUUUGGGAGGGUAUUUGGAAGACACCUAUAAUCAAGUUACAGAAAGCGAAGAUGAACUUGACCAGUAUAUCAACCACCUCCUACAAAGCACAUCCUUGAAGUGCUAUCUGCCCCCUCUUUGUAAGAAGACAGAAGACAGCCAUGUUUUCAGUGCCAUCCACUCCACCCGGGAUAUACUUUCCGUGAUGGCAAAAGCAAAGGGUUUGGAAAUUCCAUUUGUUCCCAUGACUUUGCCAACUAAAGUUCUGAGUGCCCACCGUAAAUCACUAAAUCUUGUUGAUUCUCCUCAGCCACUCCUAAAAAAGGUAAAGUAUUUAGAAUCCCUUUUUUUUUUUUAAGUGUAAUGUUUUUCAAUGCUGGUGUAGUCCUAAGAACUCUUUUACAUGGUUGAACUU